ACGUCCACUGGGGCGCUGUAGCGGGCUGUGAUGGGCGGCGGGGCUGGCGCUAUGUCGGAGGAGCGAACGUGAGGGAGCCGGGCUGCUGCGGGCUCAUGGUCGCUCCCUCGGCCUGACGUGCAGAACACAUGGCUUAUGUCUGAAAACAUGCGGCACCGAUAUUUGCUGCUGGUUAUAUGUGGAUGGGUAUCUUUCACGUUGCUGUUUGUCCUACUUCUCAAAGAUAAAGGAAGUAGAACAGAAUAUGGUACUAAACCACAAAUGUUGGAUGAUACUGUGACGACAUACAUUAAGAAACUAAAGCUUCAAGAAGAACCUUUACUUGCAAGUAAUCAGCCUACACAAAGUCCAUGGAAUGAAGUGGAUUUACAGUGGGAUGCAGUACAUAUUGAACGGCUGAGUCUUCUUGAGAACGUGUGCAAAAAUACUUCUUUAAGGAAUCUGACACAUUCUUCUAUCACACAGUUUGUCUUGGACCGUAUAUUUGUGUGUGAUAAACAUAAAAUCUUAUUCUGUCAAACCCCAAAAGUUGGUAAUACGCAGUGGAAGAAAGUUCUUAUUGUUUUAAACGGAGAAUUUAAAUCCAUUGAAGACAUCCCUGAGCCUUUGAUCCAUAAUCAUGAGAAGAAUGGCCUACCUCGCUUAUCAUCAUACAGUGCACCAGAAGUAACAAAAAGAUUGAAUACAUACUUCAAAUUCUUCAUUGUAAGGGAUCCAUUUGAAAGGCUUAUUUCUGCAUUCAAAGACAAGUUUCUAAAGAAUCCUCGAUUUGAGCCAUGGUACAAAGUUAAAAUUGCUCCAGCAAUCAUUCAAAAGUAUAGGAAGAAUCGGACAGAGACUAAAGGACUCCAAUUUGAUGAUUUUAUUCGCUAUCUAGGUGAUCCUAACCACAAGUGGCUUGAUGUUAAAAUAGGAAGCUCUAUUAUUCAUUGGGCUACUUAUGUUGAGCUUUGUGCACCUUGUGAAAUCAAGUAUGAUAUCAUUGGACAUCAUGAAACACUGGAAAAAGAUGCUCCAUACAUAAUAAAGAAAGCAGGAAUAAAUAAUUUGGUGUCCUAUCCCCAAAUCCCACCUGGUAUUACAACAUACAACAGAACUAAGAUUGAGCAGUAUUUUGCUGGAAUUGACAAGCGAGAUAUAAAACACCUUGCUGCUCGUUUCCAAGGAGAUUUCAAACUGUUUGGUUAUGCUGAACCUGAUUUUUUGCUAAAUUGAUAUACUUAAGUAUUGUGCCUGUUGUGUGGUGGUACAGUGCAUAUUUAUAUUUCUUUUGGGGUUUUUUUUGUUACACAAUGCUAUCACCAGCAGAGGUCAAUGAAAUCACUGAGUGAAGGAAACCUGAAACCUCUUAAGUUUAAUCCAUGCAUGUUUGCAGGCACAACAUGAUCUUUAGAGGUAGAUAAGUAGUAGUUUGAUGCAUGGAGCCCAACAAAACAACAUUAUAUGUUGCUAAAAUUUAAUGAAAGUAUUUCCAUAGACAAGGACAGUAAAAGUCAAUUGAAUUGCUGAGCAAAACAUCAGUUGUAAGAUAUUUCUUUGUUUAUUGACCCCAAUGCUGUAUUGUCUUUGUCAGAUGUUCAGUCACAGAUACUGAAAUAAAACCAUUUAGUUUAAAGUUAGGUGUAAACAUUGCUGCUUAGGAAGUCUUUUAAUACAAAAGAUAAAAUAUAAUUUGGACAUUUACAGCUGCAUAGUUUAUUUGCAAAAACAUCCAAUGGUCAGUUUGUGAACUUGGUUUCAAUUCUUCCCACCUUCGACUACCCCACUCACCAAUUAUAGGCAGGAAAUAAAACUUUUUAAGGAGUUGGUGAGAAAACAUUAUUUAGAUUUAGUUGCAAUUUAUUUUGUUUUCCUAUGAAUACCCAGCAUAUGUGGUGGUGAAUAUUGAUAGAAACUGCUCAAACAUGCAGCAAACAAUUCUGAAAUAGUCCAACAAUAUGCUGGAGCAUCAAACAGCUAACUGCCUAAGCCACUAAACAACUGUUAGUUCUAAACUUUUAAGUUUAUCUACUGAUAAAUGCACUAUACAAUUAUAAAGAUUAAUUUCACAAAAUAGACUUUUAUUUUAUAAAGCUAUUUAGGAGUACUUGAAUUUCUGUGCAUCAUGAUUCCAAUAUUUAAAUAUGCUAGUUGACAAUUAUUAAAUAAUCAUUUGAGUAAGUGUCCAUAAAUGCAUUAAAAGCUGUUCCACAAAUUACAUGCAGAAUUUUGGUUUAACCUCUCAGUUGUCAGGGCAUUAGCAUUUUUCUUCUGAAAAUGCAUUAUUUUUGUAUCUAUAAAAUAACAUGUUAUAAUACAUGAUUAUACCAAACUUUAUGAAACUUAACUUCCAGCUUUUUAACUUUGCUUCUCUUCCUCCAUGCCUCAGUGUUUGAGCAGCCAUCUGUCAUUUGCCACUUUCUGAAGUGUCUACUUCUGUGAUCUAGCUGGUUUCACAUCUUCCAAAAACUUUCCAAAGUUUCAAAAGCUCAUUUAAAACUAUUGCCAAUUUCUUGCCCCUCAUCAAAACAUAUUUAGUCAUUACCUUUCCCCCAGCGUUGUUAAAAAUUCUUAUUUUCUGUUCAAAGACUUCUGUGAUCUCACUUCUCCCUAUUUGUAUAACUUUUUUUCCCAACUCAAUAUCUCCAACUCCCACCUCCUGCAUACACUUCGUGCCUUUUGUUCUACCAUUGAAGGCUUUAGCCAAGGUCUGUAAUUCCCUUUAUAAACUUUGUCUCCCUCUUGUCCAAGAAAGUUAUUCCCAAAAUCCACAUCUUUGACCAAUAUCUUCUUCGACAAAAUUCCAGUUAGGUUGUUUUGAAUACAAGUAAUUAUUGUUACAAAGUGAAGCUCUGUUCUAUUGAACUAGCUGAAGAAUGGGUGACAGAGGAAUACAGCAGAAAUGCUCAGAGGCUCAAUUAAAAAUGCUCAAUUUUUAAGUGAAAACUUCAUGUCACAUUAUUUGUACACUGACAGAAACAAUGUAUUAGUAUUGAGUUACAUGGUAUUUAACAUAUUUUCUACAUUAAAUAUUAGUCUUCCAGAAUUCUUUUAAUGCAACAUGUUAAAAGUAACUUUCACACAGAAAAUGAUGUCGCUUUCUAUGAUAGUAUUUUCAAAAUUUUGAUGAAUCAGAUCAUUACUGCCAGGAUUACUGAGAUAAUUAUCUAGAGUGUAAGCUUGUAAAAUAACAAGAAAUGAAAGCUACCACUCUAAUUCUGAAAAUAUUCAGAAAGUAAAGUUUUAAAAAUGCUUGAAACAUUCAGUAGGACAUGACUUGCAUGUCCACCGUGUAUAUCACUUUAUUAACCUUUCAUUAUUGACUGUUACUGCUCCUUUGGUGGUUGCCAUCUUGCUCCUAUCUGUGGAAUAAUGAUUUCCCUCCUUUUAGUCAAAUUUGAUGUGAAACCUUUAAGUUAACCUUAACUCUUGAAUGAAUGGAGAGAUCACUGAAAAACCUUCAAAAACUUAGAACUUGAUCCAGUUAGUAAUGCGCGCGAGUGAUUUGGUACUUAAUCUUGAAUUAAUUUUAAGUAGCAAACAAGUAUUAGACCAGAUUUAUGAAAUAUAAUUUCUCCAAUAACUAAUUUUAUAUUACCAGAUGCAAAUAUUGAAAUAAUUGAGAAUAUAUAUGGUACUUAAGAUUUUAGUCCUUAGCUACAGUAAAAUUUAUUACAGUUUAAAUGUAACUUCCAGUUAAAGGCCUAACACCAGAGAAAAGAGCCUGUUACUUUUCACAUUUUCAUUCAUUUCAAGAAUGUACCUAGUCAAAUUCUUAUUUUAAUUUUGCUUUCUGUACAAGUGAUAUAUUAAUUUUAUUCUUCAGCUAGCCAGUUUCUCUUUAUACAAGUUCUGGAUUCAACAUUUUGGGACACCUCUUUGGCUUACAUCAAUGCUAAUUAUUCAUUCCAUUAGUAUUUGCACUAACUUCUUUGGUUUGAUUGUAAUUCUCGAUUUUGAGAUUUAGUACUGUCAAAUAAAUGCCUACUGAAACUUGG